AAUGGCUGGCAAUCUUACUGGGAUUACAGAACAAAGAGCCUCUCUCGGCAGCCCCCCGGGAGCAGGGGGCCCCGGCCCGCCCAGCCAGGCCGGGAGGGAAUUACCCCUCCCCCACGCUCCGCGCGGAUUAAAUCCAGGGGCGGCAGCCGCCGGGCGGGAGGAGCCGGGCGAGGCUGAGCCCUGCGGUGAAUAUGGCAUUGAUGGGGAAGCCCUCCAAUGGGUCCCCCAAUAACUCCAGACCGGACCAAUGGAAUACAGUUUUUCAUCAGAAAAAUGAAAUCAUCACCAGUUUAGUUUCUGCCUUAGAUUCAAUGUGUUCUGCACUUUCCAAACUAAAUGCCGAGGUAGCCUGCAUUGCAGUUCACGAUGAAAGUACCUAUGUGGUUGGGACAGAGAAGGGGAGAAUCUUUAUGAACACAAGGAAAGAACUGCAAAUGGAUUUUCACAAGUUCUGCAAAGGUCAGCAGAGGAAAGAGCAGGAUGCGGACUUCCAGAAGAAGGCAAAGGACUGUGGCCGGAGCAUCCCGAGGGUCUCCCCGCAUCAAGGAUCAGACGUUUACCUACUCAGGAAGAUGGUAGAGGAAGUGUUUGAUGUGCUUUAUAGUGAAGCCAUAGGGAAGAACAGCGUGGUGCCCUUGCCCUAUGAGAAGCUGAUGAAAGAGCCAGGAUUGCUCGCAGUUGCCGGCUUGCCUGAGGGACUUGGCUUCCGGAAGCCCACGGAAUAUGAUGUGAAAUCCCUGAUGGCGAUUUUGGAGCACAGCCACAGUAUCCGGUUCAGGCUAAAAAGGCCAGCAGACGAGCCCAGCAGAGAGGCGAACCCUAAUGUAGAGUUGAAUUGUACCUCCCUAGCAUCCAAGGGCAGUCGGGAUUCCGGUCCAAAUAACCAGAUCCCUAAACCAGCCAGUCAAGACACUCCAUCCACUGUAGCCAGGACCAAUUUCUUAUACGGUGUCUCGCUGCCUAUGCAGAUCGCCACGGACCUAAAGCAGGAGAUGUCUGCCAGUCUGCACGGGGUGAAUGCAGCCAGCGAGAUGCUGAUGCCCAGGCCCUCAGGAGAGCUGAAGGUGCCUUCCUCACAGGAGUACAGCGACUGCUGUGGACAGAAAUCUGCAGUCCCUGGUGGUCCGCUCAUCCAGAAUGUGCAUUCGUCAAAGCGUAUCCUCUUCUCCAUCGUCCAUGACAAAACAGAUAAAUGGGACAGUUUUAUAAAAGAAACUGAAGAUAUCAACACCCUUAGGGAGUGCGUGCAAAUUCUGUUUAACAGUAGAUAUGCUGAAGCUUUGGGUUUGGACCACAUGGUUCCCGUGCCAUACCGGAAGAUUGCCUGUGACCCAGAGGCAGUAGAAAUAAUUGGGAUCCCUGACAAAAUACCAUUCAAACGACCCUGUACCUAUGGUGUCCCCAAGCUCAAACGAAUCCUGGAGGAAAGGCACAACAUCCACUUUGUCAUUAAAAGGAUGUUUGAUGAGAGAAUUUUUACAGGAAGCAAAUUUACCAAAGAUCCUACCAAGCUGGAGCCCUCCAGCCCAUUGGGGGAAAUCUCUCCAGAACCACACAGAAUGGCAGUGCUAGACCUGGCAGGGAUUUCUCAGACUAAUAACAGGUCUGAGAAGAGUAGUGUUUCUGAAGACUGUGAACCAGGUACCUCAGCAGAACUGAGUGGGAUCAGACCUAUCAAAAUAGAGCCAGAUGAGCUGGACAUCAUUCAAAUAACGGUUCCAGACCGAUCCCCCGGUUCCGAUGAAAUGCACGACCCAGUGACCAGCCGCAUGACUUCAGACGAUUCCAACUACAUGCUAGAAACAGUAACAGUUUCAGAUAAAGAGCCCAGCCAGGAUUUAAGACACGAAGAAAAGCCGAUGGAAGAUGGCCUAGGUGACGUUUUAAGUCAUUUGAGGAAGCAAGUUGAAACUCUGUUCAACACGCGCUAUGCUAAAGCCAUAGGAAUUUCGGAGCCUGUCAAAGUCCCCUACGCCAAGUUCCUGAUGUACCCAGAAGACCUGUUUGUGGUGGGUUUGCCUGAAGGCAUCUUACUCCGGCGUCCUAACUGCUUUGGGAUUGCGAAGCUGAAAAAGAUAUUGCAAGCUAGCAACAGCAUCCAGUUUGUCAUUAAGAGACCAGAGCUUCUUGCGGAGGGAGUGAAGGAGACUACCUCUGACAGCCCAGGAGCUAUGGCCAGCGAGAGAGACUCCAGUGAUUCCCUUGUCGAUGAAGCUGUGAAGAGACAGGGUUUUCAAGAAAAUUAUGACGCCAGGCUUUCAAGAAUAGAUAUUGCUAACACUCUAAGGGAGCAAGUCCAAGAUCUGUUCAAUAAGAAAUAUGGCGAGGCCUUGGGAAUCAAGUACCCAGUGCAAGUGCCGUACAAACGGAUUAAAAGCAACCCAGGGUCUGUGAUUAUAGAGGGGCUCCCCCCUGGAAUUCCAUUCAGGAAACCAUGCACUUUUGGAUCUCAGAACCUGGAGAGAAUAUUAGCUGUGGCUGACAAAAUCAAGUUCACAGUAACAAGGCCUUUUCAAGGACUCAUCCCCAAACCUGUGGCCUCACAAGUAUCAGAAGCCCCUAGACGGAUAACAUCACUGGAAAAAGCUUACGCGGCUUUGAAUGAUGAGGACGAUGCAAACAGGCUUGGCGAAAAGGUGAUUCUCCGAGAGCAAGUAAAAGAGCUUUUCAAUGAAAAAUACGGAGAGGCUUUGGGAUUGAACCGGCCAGUCUUGGUGCCAUACAAAUUGAUCAGGGAUAGUCCUGAUGCUGUUGAAGUUACUGGUCUGCCAGAUGAUAUCCCUUUUAGAAAUCCCAACACCUAUGACAUCCACCGGCUGGAGAAGAUCCUGAAAGCACGAGAGCACAUCCGGAUAGUGAUUAUAAACCAACUCCAACCGUUUGCUGAAAUAUGCACUGAGGCCAAACAAACAGAAAAAGACAACAGUGUUCCCAAACGAAAGCGGAAGAGGAUCUCUGAAGGGAACUUGAUAUCAUCCUCAUCGUCGUCUUCCUCUUCCUCCUCUUCCAAUAUGGAGUCCACAUCUUCAACAAAUCAGAUCUCACUUGUGCAAUGGCCCAUGUACAUGUUAGACUACGGUGGUCUAAAUGUCCAGAUUCCAGGACCUAUUAACUAUUAGACCUCAAUACUGAAUCAGAACCUCAACAGACAGAAUAAAUAAAUAAAUGUAAUUUAUGUAAAAAGUGUAUAUUCUAAUAUGUAUCAAUGCCUUUUAGUUUUUCCAAUGAUUUUUACACUAUAUUCCUGCCAUCAAGGCCUUUUUAAAUAAAAAUAAAAAGUGUUGCCUUGCUCUUAA